UGCUCUUUGUCCCAGAAGCCCAUUGUAUACAGCGGAGGAAACCCUGUGCCACGAGAAGCCAUCUUGGAUAGACAGAUCAUACUUGAGCCAGGAUAACCUGCAUUCCUCUCCUGAAUAGCUCUAGAAUACAACGCUCUAAAGACUUAAUUUCUGAGCCACAAUGGCCACUGCACCGUACAACUACUCCUACAUUUUCAAGUACAUCAUUAUCGGGGACAUGGGGGUAGGGAAGUCUUGUUUGCUUCACCAGUUCACGGAAAAGAAAUUCAUGGCAGACUGCCCCCAUACAAUUGGCGUGGAAUUUGGCACAAGGAUAAUCGAGGUGAGCGGCCAGAAGAUCAAGCUUCAGAUAUGGGACACGGCGGGUCAAGAGCGCUUCAGGGCCGUCACCCGCUCCUACUACCGCGGAGCUGCGGGGGCGCUCAUGGUUUACGACAUCACCAGAAGAAGCACUUAUAACCACCUCAGCAGCUGGCUGACUGAUGCCAGAAACCUCACCAACCCAAAUACUGUGAUCAUUCUCAUAGGAAACAAAGCAGACUUGGAGGCUCAGAGGGACGUCACAUAUGAGGAAGCAAAGCAGUUUGCUGAAGAGAAUGGUCUGUUGUUUUUGGAGGCCAGUGCAAAAACAGGUGAAAACGUUGAGGAUGCUUUCCUGGAAGCUGCUAAGAAGAUCUACCAGAACAUCCAAGAUGGCAGCCUGGACCUGAACGCCGCCGAGUCGGGGGUCCAGCACAAGCCCUCGGCCCCUCAGGGCGGCCGGCUAACCAGCGAACCACAGCCCCAGAGGGAAGGCUGCGGCUGCUAAUGACCAAGCAAACCCCCUUCAUCCUCCCUUCCUCUCUCUGUAUCCGUCUGUUCUGCACACCCUCCCUUUACCAUUUCCCCUUCAUCCAUUCCUCCACCUUCGUAUGUUCAUCCACACGCCUCCCUCACUGCACCAUGAGCUGCAUGAGAGGAGUGGCGCAGAGGGAAGGGAUGGGAGGCGGAUAUCGACUUGGGCCAGACUGAGCUGGGCUGUGUGGACUUCAUCUCUCCCCUCCUUCUCCACCUCCUCCUAUCUGCCUUUCUGUCCCCCUUUUCUCACCGUCUCACUCAUCCUCUUUAAACUCUGUCAGUGUGUUGUAGUCUCAUAACUCUCCUCUCCCCUCAACUGUUUGUGCACCAUUCAGUGUAGUUCCCCGUCAUAGAAUUUUUGACACCACCAUACAUUACACGGGUUACUGACACUUUAGAUAGAUGUAAUGUUCAUACGAUAAUGAUAAAAUGAGACUGUUUUUUUAUGUUUGGUUUUAUAGCUCUUUAUGACAUAUAAACACUGCAUCAAGUUUCAUCCACCGCAGAUCAUUUCUAUAUGAAUCAGAUCUAAAUUGUAUUCUCAGACGCCUGACAUCUCUCCGGCAUGGUUUAGCAUUUUAUUGAGACGUGUGGGUGGGAUAUCCUCACUCACUUUAAUUUUUGUGGGACUGGGCAGUGAAGUAGUGAAUCAUGCAUCCACAUGGUUAGAGGCUCUGAAGUGUGGUGUCAAAGAAUGUGUAGCUGAGUGAGCUUUUUCAGCAGGAUUUCAAACCUGCUUGUGGCUUUUAUUUCUGUUUCCAUUGCUGGACACAAAGUGAGUUCCUCUGCCCGGUGUGGCAUCAGUGACACUCUCAGGAGAGAGAGAGAGAGAUAGCAUUAGAAAACCAGGAAGUUCCCACAAAUGUCUUGUGGGGGAUCCCUCAGUUUCUCUUCUGAGAUAUCACAAGAAGGAAUAUUGGGUGUUUUCCAGCUUGACUGUGUGUGCUUGUCUACGUGUUAAGAAGUUGGAUGGGAGUUUCUUUUGACCAAUUUAAAGUGACUGUUUAACAAAACAAAAAGAAAACAUGGCAUUUCUGUUUUUGGCAGAAAAAUUCAUUCACAUCUGUUUCUUUGCACCCUCUCUUUAUCCAUCUGCACCCAACAUACUCCCGCCAGGUCAUAUCAACAGAUUCUGUCUUUACCAGCAUUUUCUUUGACAUUGUUUGUUGCCUUAUUAUAAUUAAUGUUAUUAAUCUUUAUCGUUUACUGCACUUGCUCUUCACACUGCUGUUGGACUCACCCCAAUUCAGUAAAUCAUCUCUUAUAGAAUAGUCAUUGCAUUUUACUGGACAAUAACGGAAACAUAGAGUGGUGGCUCAUGUGGUUACAAUAUCAGCAGCAUGGUCGUAAGCCCACAUCUUGAUUAUUCAAAUGUAAAAACAGUCAACACAACAUUUUCUCAAGUGCUGCACUGCAGAGCUGAUCUGUUGUUUGUUUGGGCAGUAACUCCUCUGCCUUGUAUAAUACAACACCAAGCAGCAUGCCCCCCCACCCUCCCCCAAAACAGUGAAAUUGUCAACAUCCAAUUACAGUAUGCUUUUUCCCCCCCCAAAGUACAAUUUUUUUUUUCUGUACCAUAGAGUGAUUCCCUGAUUGGACAGCUGUAUAUAUUGCUUCUUUACAAUUGGUGAUGACCUCGCUACUUGGGAAUUAGGAAUUUAUUUGCUGGCUCUGCCAAGAUCUGUACAGUUGAUGUGCUAGUGGGUUGCCUGUAAUUCAUGCUUGGGAAAUUCUGUAACAUAGUUUCUGUUAAUAAAUGUAUGUAAAGGACAGACACCUAGACACCCCCCCCCCCAACCACCCCAUCUGCACACUACUGAACCUGUUGAUUGGUUGAGGGGAGAGGAAGUGGAUUGAGAUGAUGUGCGAACUAGUAUUUAUGUCUGCAAACUUGAUUCCUCUCAUUUAUGUUCUGAGUGGAGAAUGGGGCACUUUUAUGUUUAUAUUCUGUUUUCUUUUUCCACCAUGUCAUUGCUCCUCCACAUGGGAGGGGCCUGCAUCGCUGUCUUAACUUUUGGGGAGUGGGGAUUGGUUUGUUAUUGUGGGAAGUUGGUGGGCUAGGUCUUCCUUUUUCCUGUGUCCCACCUCUUUGCAGUCUGAGUGACCACUUCCUGCUUUUGUCUGUCCACAAGUACAAAAAAGUACAUAUGUAUAAAUUUUUAAGGAGCUGUGCUAACAUUUAAAUGCGUUCUUGAGUGUAUAUGAUUUUAAAAUGUUGACAUUUUGAUUUUAAUGACAAAAUACUCUAGACAGAAAAAAUAAAUUAUACAUAACCUGUU